AUGAUCUGUGUANNGCGAGGUACUCAAGUAGUCGAAGACACAGAAGGAGCGCCAGCAUUUGGCNNAAAAAAAGCACGAAGGGAGAGAGACGUCGAAGACAACGCCGAAACUGCCUUGACUGGUAAAAGAGCGUUCGAACACUAUCUACUGUGUUUCCAACUGGUCCUGUGGAAACAGGUACAUUGGUUGAUCAAUGCAAAACACCUUCCGAACGAGCUUGAAGUAAGCCAUGACUUGCGUCCUUCGGGUGUCACUCAUACUGAUUUCAACGAGACAGUGGUACGUGAUAUCUGGGCUCUACGUCUGCAGAGCCUUCAAUCACGGGUCAGUUACGAAUCAGAGAGUGAGGCCGAGCAUAGUUCACAGUUUUACAGUUCUCAGUCCGAGGCCGAAAGGACUGAUGACACAGCACAAACCCGCCGAGCAAGGAAGAGCAAGAACGACGCUGUGCCUAAGCUUGUUGAUGCCCUAAGUAUGUGCUAUAUUGGCUGCCUGCUGCUUCGAUUGCCAGUCACUGUCGGCGACUUGUACACAUGGGCAGCCAGUGGUGAUCUGAUAUACUACAGGGCUGUCAAAGCUUUAUCCGAGUCGAUGAAAAUGCGUCUACCUUUCAACUACCACAGGAUCAUGGACCCUCAAGAAAUUUUGAGUCCAGGAACGAUGCAACAGGCGGUCCUCGACAACAUUACAGCUUUCGAUCGUGCCUUUGGCAUGGCUACGCCACCUGUCAACCAUAUCCUUAUCCUUUACCGAUGGAUCAGAAGCCUUGCACUUCCUCUGGAGGUGUAUUCGGCGACCUUACGGCUGGCCAAACUUCUUGACAUCACGUUCGUCUAUGAUGUUCAAGCCAAACGCUCGUCAAGAUACCGUAUACUACAGCACGCUGAACCUCGACUUAUGGGCGCCCUUGUGAUCGCAACAAAGUUGUUGUUUCCUUUGGACAAUGUCAAACGCUACCCGAAGAAUCCGACCGAGCUCUCAGCACUCACCAUGGACUGGUCAAAUUGGAGCAAGGCACGAGCGGAGUGCAACGAUACGAUCAAGUCAGGAACACCACUGAGCUACCAAGAGGCCAUGCAGAUUCAGGANAAAGAUGUACUCGACAUGUCUGAUGACAAACUCGACGAGUAUAUGGAUUGGUACGGCUCAGUCUUUGCAGAGGAGACUGUACGCGAGAAGGGAAGAAUAGGCAAAGAGGCCGAGUUUCGUAGAGCUCUGCUUCGUCUGUUCCCUGUUGAACGCACCGCUCAAAGUGCAUCCGAUGCCAUGGAUGUAGACAAGGAAGCAGAGCCAGCGCCCGAAGACGAGCGGCUGAGGAAGGUUCAGAGCAACCUAAAACCCACUCGUGUCAAGGCAGAUGUCAGAUCAACUGAGCCCAAAGUAACUCGACCAGGCAACAGCUACAAACGAUACCGGAAUGUGGGAGAACUCGAUGGCUACGCGAGGGAGUUCUAUGACGAGGCUGCCGAUCUGGUUGCACUGCCUCUGAAUUCACUUGUGAGGUGCGUCUUNUUCCUAGAGAAAAGGCUGGAGAAGUGGCAGAGUAGCGAGAGAAAGAAGUAG